AUGGGGAGCGCUAAUCUUAAUCGAACCACAUCAUCUCACAUCUCACGAAGGAACCUGAGUUUCAGCGGUCCUAGGGUGUCUGUUCAUCGUAAGGUGUGGGGUUCCUUAUCGGCUUAUACCGUAGCCACAGCAUUCUUCUUGAUAUCGUCGAUUUUAGCGCUGGGAUGUGUCCUCUAUCUGUCCUUAUUCCGGACUUCCAUUCAUAGGGGCGUAAGUCCUUACGAACUUAUCGGUCGCACCCAUGGCUGCGAUGUAUUUGAGGGGAGCUGGAUACCGGACAGCUCGUACCCAUUGUACAACAGUUCGACCUGUCCAUUCGCCGAGCGGGGUUUCAAUUGCUUGGCAAAUGGGAGGAGGGACACCGAAUAUUUGAAGUGGAGGUGGAAGCCUAGGCAAUGCCACGUUCCUAGGUUUGAUGUGAACCAGACGCUGGAAAGUCUCAGGGGGAAACGUGUCGUCUUCGUUGGUGAUUCGAUGAGCCGAACGCAGUGGGAAUCCUUCAUAUGCAUGCUUAUGACCGGGGUUCGUGAACCCAAGUCCGUCUAUGAAGUGAAAGGGAACAAUAUUUCCAAGAGAAUCCGGUUCCUUGGUGUCCGUUUUCAUUCAUUCAAUUUCACCGUGGAGUUCUUUCGUUCAGUGUUCCUAGUACAGCAAGGUUUACCUCCAAGACACGGCCCGAAAAGAAUUCAAUCCACGCUCAAGUUGGACAAGCUGGAUGAUAUCAGUAAGAAAUGGGUGGAUUCGGACGUUCUGGUCUUCAAUUCAGGACACUGGUGGAAUCCAGGGAAGCUUUUCGAUUCGUAAGUGUUUUCUCAUUGAUUUCAAAUUGUUUCUGGCUUUGGCUACUCACUUGACUUUGUUCACCCCUCCAAUAAAUGUUUAGCUUGUCCCGGGACAGUCAUGUUACUAAUAACGUCCUAUUUUGCCAAUUGUGAUCUGCAGUUCGUGUUGAUUAUCUUCAUGACUUGGUUCACUGAACGGCAUAUUCUUAAUUGUAAAUUUCCUUUUUCUUCAAAUAUAAGAUGAAGUGAUCAACAUGUCGGUGUAUCUGAUUCCAAAAUUUGAUGUUUCGGUGAAAAUACCAUUCUACUAUGAAGAAGAAAAUGCCGAGGAGUGGAUUUUAUUUGGUAUGAUAAUACUAAAUUUCAUUGUCUUUGGAGAGAAAAUUUAUUUAAUAAUAGUCAAGCUAGUGACAUAAUUGGCGCUUGGUCUUCCGAAACAACAAACUGUGGACUUAUCACAAACUCAGUCUCUGAUGUUAAGAACCGGAGAUCUUUGAGAAGUGAAAGGAUGAUGAUUGCCAUUGAUGUUCCUUAGACAUGUAGAAAAAAGGCAUUUCACUGAAGGUUACCCUAUUUACUAAAAGGGUAAAAUUGAUAUGCAGAGUUUCUAAACGCCCGGAUUCAUUAGAUUCAACCUUAAUCGAAAGAGAUUUAUAUACUCAUAUCUAGACCCCUAUGUGAAUGAGCUUUUAGAAGAUGAAGCAAUUUUGUCAAUGAGAAGCAGAAUGUUCCUUGGCUUAAGGAAAGGUUCCAUAAAGAUCUGAUUAUAUAUUAUUAUGUGCAUUAAGAUCAGUCAACAAUACUAAAUCAGAUAAUGGAAGGCUUCACAUAAAGGAGAAGAGGGAGAAAAAAUAAUAUAAUUGAUGCUGCAGGUGUACGCAAGAACUCUCAUCUGGAAGUCAGUGUCGACUAGCAUCUGAGGCCUGGAUGGUGGGACUAUCUUUCACAGAUGUUAGGAACCCGGCUUUUCUGGAGGAGACCAAAAUCAGGGGGAAGGUACAGAGGAGGCUGGGGUUUAACCUGUAGUUGGAAUAUGGGAUUUUACUUAUGUAUAUCUGAGUCGAAUGGUAAAAAUGAUUUUAGAGGACUUACAAACGUCUAUUGGCUACAAAAAAUGAAGGCAAAUAAAAGGGCAGCUAAUGUAGUGAGCAACAGAGUUCCUCAUAGAAAAAGUCUUUCUUCCCUGGAUUUGGUUAUUUAGGGAGAGGUUUGGGCUCAAAGCAAAUAAGAAAGCUGUCUUAGGUGGAGAAAGCUUGAGGCAUUGAUAAGCUGGUCCGAUGACGGGAAGCAAGAUAAACGUUUUUGAGUUUGAACUGACAUAGAAUCUGAGCCCAACCUCAUGACCUGUUUACAUUAUAACAACCUGUUACAGACAAGGUUCUUCACGUCUUCCUGAAUGUGAGAGGAAAAUCUAAUGAAUGUCGUCUUCUGUCAAACAAUAUGGAUACCAGAAAACAUAGGACGAGGCUUGAACUGUAGGUUCAUACCCUCACGAACGAAUAUUAAGGAAUAAAAUGUUGUGAGAGCGUAGUUGUAUUGCCUGCUUGACAGAAUCGGUGGUCAGUCUCAUAAUUUGGGUUCCCACCACACCUUAAAAUAUCGACAAUUGAUAGGGAACCACUGGUAAAUGCCCUGGGAAACGGAUUUUGAUGAUGAAAGGAAAAAUGCUGGAGCCAAGGUUCGCAUGCAUCACAGAAGAUAUAUAUCUUCCCAUGUACUUAAAUAUCCAUAAACCAAAUUGAGAGGAAAUGUGUGGUUUUUCCCAUGUGAUAAUGGUAGGAUGGUCAUGUGCUACGUAAAAAUUGGUGGAUGUUCUAAGGUCAAAGGCUGGACUAUAACUAUAUGGUUUGAGUCUGAAGCCAUUAAUAGUGAUUUAUUUCAAAAUUGAAUGAUGAAACUUUAAAGACUGAUAGAUCAGAUGAAACCAUGGCAUCCCUGACUGACUCCUUUUAGUGAGCAGUUUAACACAACGAGGAGUAACUGCAGGUAACGCAGUUUGGGAAAUCACCUGCAGUCGUCCGGUUCCUCAAAACAUGUUGGUAACAUACCGUCGAGUAAGGAUAAUCCUGGAGUAUUCGUCUUUAUAUUGAUGUGUCCUUUGUUGACACUUUUGUCAGCCUGGUAUUUCAUGUGGAAAUUACGUCUGAUCGGGAUUCAAAUGAUGGGUCUCAUUCAUAGGAUUAACGAUCAUGAUGGAAAAAUCUUACCUUUGUGAUGAUAAUAAUGAUAGUGACAUGUUACCCUGCUAUAUCUAUUUAUGUACACGUCAAUGUUGAUACCCGUGCUUAUUGUGGUGGUAAAGAUGAUGCAGACCUGAGAAAGAAAAGUGCUCUUCUCCUAGGAAAGGAACAUGUACAGGAUAAGAAAAGAUUGAGAUGAAAUCGAUGAUCCCUGGUGGUCUAGUUAUGCCAAGAGAUGGCAAUAUCCCUCGGGGCUUACCCUUGUUCUUGGUGUUAGUGCCUCUGUGGGGACGAUCACAUCAACAAAACUACCAUGAAUAUGCAUUAAAUAACCGUCCAUUAUGUGUGUUCUAUCUUAAAUCUCUUUUAUUAAAAUAAAUUAACUGACACUUCUCAUCAGAAAAUAGUCACUGCCAAUGUGGUCUGAUUUGACAAAUUUUUUCGGUUAAUUUGCCCCGAAAUUUGAUAUUCUUCCAUGCUUCUAGUGGACGUGAUUAUACAUAUACAUGAGUCCUUUUCCUCUAGUAUCAUAACCCUGUUAAAAUCUAGUGCGUGUAAUCUGUCCCUGGCUCUCAUUCUGCCCCACGCCUUCACAGGGGCUGCUACUUCCAGGUUGGCGGAUCACUGAAACUGGGCAUGCCGAUCACUGCUGCCUUCAAGAUGGCGAUGGAGACGUGGGCCUCAUGGGUCGAAACAAUGGUGGACACGGACAGAACUCACAUAUUCUUCCGGACCUUUGAGCCUUCCCACUGGAGGUAUUCUCCGCUGAACUUGGUUUUUCAUGCAGAUAUCAUUGAUGACGGGAGGCCCCUGUGCGUGGUAAAACCAUAUAAAAAUGGCAAUUAAUUCACCAGAUGAAUCUGAUGUCUGCUCUUUCUCGCCAGUGGCCUAAAUCAGAAGGUCUGCGAACUGACGAAGCAGCCUGUGACUGAGGCCACCGGUGAGGACCGCAGCGAGUUCGUGGGCAUCAUAACCGAUGUGGUCGCUAGGAUGAGAGCUCCCGUGACCAUACUCAACGUGACAUCGAUGGGGGCGGUCCGGAGUGAUGCUCAUAUCGGCCCGUGGGGAGACCUGCGGCCCUUGGUGGACUGCAGCCACUGGUGCCUCCCUGGUGUCCCAGAUGCUUGGAACGAGCUCAUCUUCCACCUGCUGGCGAACCCUGGAAUUCCCCGUCCGUCCAUCCGGAGGUAA